AAUUGCCAAAAUGCUUUGGAAUUCUUAAACGAUUCAAAAGCUGAAGUCUCUGAGGAUACAAAAGCAUAAGAACACAAGAAGCAGCAAGGAGGAUUCAGUGCCAAUGCAGCAACAAAAAAGACAGCCAGAGUUAGUGGAAGGAAAUCUUCCUGUUUUUGUUUUUCCUACAGAACUUAUAUUUUAUGCAGAUGACCAGUCAACACACAAGCAGGUGUUGACUCUAUAUAACCCCUAUGAGUUUGCCUUAAAAUUCAAAGUUCUUUGUACAACUCCAAAUAAAUAUUCGGUGGUGGAUGCUACUGGUGCAGUGAAGCCUCAGUGCUGUGUUGAUAUUGUGAUUCGUCACAGAGACGUUCGGGCUUCUUACUAUGGUGUCAUAGAUAAAUUCCGCCUCCAAGUGUCUGAGCAGAGCCAGAGGAAAGCGUUAGGGAAAAAGGAGAUUAUUGCUACUCUGCUUCCAUCUGCAAAGGAACAACAACAACAAAAGGAAGAGGAGGAAAAACGAAUAAAAGAACACCUGGCUGAAAGUGUCUUUUUUGAGCAGACUUUGUGUCAACCAGAAAACAGAACUGCCUCGUCGGGACCUAGUUUACUCACAGUCUUCCUUGGAGUGGUGUGUGUCGCAGCACUAAUGCUACCUACAUUGGGGGAAAUGGAAUCCCUGGUGCCUCUCUACCUCCACUUAAGUGUGAAUCAAAAGUUAGUAGCUGCUUAUGUUUUAGGUCUCAUCACCAUGGUUAUUUUGAGAACAUGAGCAAUGAGUUCAUAGGAUGUCAAACACCUUACUGUAUAUUCACAUCAUGAAUGUGGACUGCCUUUUACUCCCAUUUGGCUCAUUAAGAUGCUAGCAAAACUGUUCAGUGAUUUAAGAUACCUUCAGAAAUGUAAUAUAUUUUAACUGUGUAUAAUAAAUGAAAGACUCAAAGCACUUGGCGGUGCUUCUGUAACAGACAGCUAUGAAAUGUUCAGUGAUACCUGUGAAAAUAAUUUGAAAAAACUUUUAUAUCUAUGCCUACUGUAAAAAAUCCUUAUUAAAACAACAUUUGUUAUUUUUAGUCUAUGUUCACAUCAGUGCGUGAUCACUAUAAAAGCAAACUGUCUUCUGUAAAAACGCUCAUUUGGUUUGUGGUUGUACCUGCUGAGGCUGGCACAUAACACUUCUGUAUAUACAUACCAGAGGGGUGAGUCGUGACUGAUCAUUGAAGAAAAUGAAAAAUUCCUUCAGUGGAACUAUGAAAUAAACCAUGAAUUUUAGGUGAAGAAGUAAUUCUCAAAUUUCUUACUUCAUCAUUACCAAUAUAUUGUUGAGUGCUCAUUUUCUUACCUGGGGAAAUAAUUUCUUGCAACAGUCAUUUUGUACCACAAUUACUGCACAAUAAAACCAAGUUCUGUAAUCAGAUCCUUCAUUUCUUAGGGAUGCAUGGAAGUGGCAUUAAUGGAAACUGAACUCAUACUAAUACGAAAUUAAUAAUUUUCUCUAUUUUAGAGACCAAACUAAGUGAAAUAGCAAAGGCAUUUCUCUACGUCCCUCCCCCCACAGCUACCACAGGGACUUCUUUGCUAUCAGAAACUCCUGCUUAAAUGCCAGUUUCAUAUUUGAGGUGAACAUUAAUCUUGUUUCAUACAACAAGUAUUUCCCUUUAUUUGACAUUUCAUUGUCGAGAUGUUAAUUCUAAAAGGGCAGCUAUUACUGCGUUGGAUUCAUACAGACAAAUCUUUGUUUGUAAGAAGUCUAUAGAGUAUGCUCUGAUAUGAAUAAUAAAGUUUGGAAAUCAAACCUUC